GCCUGAUGUCUCUAUCCCAGACCCCGCUGGGAUAUCACCAGCCUUCUUGACUCCAAGCAUCGCCGCCGACAAACGCCCUGGGCUCAGCAUAAGCAGGAGCCGCAGCCAUGUCUCAAUCCCUACGGCCGUACCUGCAAUGUGUACGGAGCAGCUUGACAGCUGCCCUCACCCUCUCCAACUUCGCCUCCCAGACCGCCGAACGACACAAUGUUCCCGAGAUUGAGGCCCAAUCGUCGCCCGAGGUCCUCCUCACCCCGCUCACCAUUGCGCGCAACGAAAACGAGCGGGUCCUGAUCGAGCCAAGCAUCAACUCGGUCCGCAUUAGCAUUAAGAUCAAGCAGGCCGACGAGAUUGAGCACAUUCUGGUACACAAGUUCACUCGAUUCUUGACGCAGCGCGCCGAGUCCUUCUUUAUCCUGCGGAGGAAACCCAUCAAGGGAUACGACAUUACCUUCUUAAUAACCAACUUCCACACUGAGGAAAUGCUCAAGCACAAGCUUGUCGACUUUAUCAUCCAGUUUAUGGAGGAGGUUGACAAGGAAAUUUCCGAGAUGAAGCUCUUCUUGAACGCAAGAGCUCGAUUCGUGGCCGAGUCUUUCCUGACACCGUUUGACUAAAAGAACCACCUCACCAGGGUUGAGGUGCGGAGUUUCGACGAAGGGGCUCUGACUGUCGCGAAGGUUCUUGUGAUCUGGGACGAGGUUAUUGACCACAAAGCAUCCAUCCAAACAGGAUUUAGACGAAGCAAAACCUCGACCUACCACGAGUGGACGUGUUGGGAUGACGAUAUUUAGACACGAAGCUUUGCCGACUGUAUCGAGCAGAAAUACAUACAUCGAUGUUGAAAUGCAUGCAGUCCUCCUGUUUGCAACCGCCGGGACAUGUGGACUUAUUAAACCCUCGCAGAUUGUGACAUGUGUCAAAGUGGAACGAAUUGGCCUCCGGGCUUCAUGUGGUGGCCACUUCUUUGGCGUCGGUGUUGCUGUGGUUGGGCCGAGCUGUAUGAAUAAAACUCAUUUGAACUAGAUGACGGAGGACAUAUGAUGCCUGGGCUUGAUUAGGUAUCCAAUCAAGCGCUGGAAAACCCGCCAAG